GGUUAAGGUUCAACGACAAGCACCGCUCCACGUAGGCAAAAAUUCAACUGUUGACAUUGACAAGUAUCAGUUUCCGUCGAACAAUCAAAAGAUAUUUAUUUCUUCGCCAUAGAUACGGUUUUCUUCUCACUGAGAAUAAAGAUGGUGACAAUGUCGAUCUCUCCACCGGCGGCAGUAGCACAAUCUCUUUACAUUCUCAAUAAAAACGCACCGUUUUUUCCUCUUCGAAACGCCCCGUUUCAAGCUGCAAUCAAGCUCUCCACUCUCGCUCACUCCUCUAGCUCGAUCAAUUUCAAUCCUCUCAGGUUUUCGAUAAAGCAUAAGGAAAUAAAGAAGAAGAGUAGAGGAUCGGGUGCGGUUUGCUACGCUGCUCCUCUCUCACCUCGCAAUCUCCAGUGGAUCUCCACCGCCUCUUCUGCGGUUUUAUUGCUUGCAAAAGGAACAGUAAUUCAAAAACAAUUUCUUGUUCCAUUGUUCGCAAUCCAAGCUCCAUCAAGCAUCAUUUCAUGGAUGAAGGCUGAAUAUGGUCUUUGGUCAGCAUUCUUGGCACUGCUUGUCCGUCUGUUCUUCUACAUUCCCGGUGAACUUGAGUUGCCAUUGGUAACACUACUCUUGGUGAUAGUGGCCCCUUACCAAGUAAUGAACCUAAGGGGAUCUCAACAAGGUGCUAUCAUAUCCUUAGUGAUCGCAGCGUAUUUGGCUUUCCAGCAUUUCUCAGGUGCAGGCAGCUUGCAGAAGGCAUUUGACCAAGGUUCAAUUGUUGCCACCAUAGCCAUUGUUUGUAUGACUGCUGUCUCCUGCCUGCUUUUGAUUUGUAUUUAAUGAACAAUAUUUCUUUCAAGCUAUUGAACACGUGUAGAAGGAGAGAGUACUGUAAGAAUAAUAUUAAUUUGCAGACCUUUGUUCUUGUGUUAAUAUGAUGAUGAUUACAAUUUAUGCUGAGAAAAUAAAAAGAAAAGUAUAGAAUGUAUAUGUUCCUUUUUGCUUGACUCUGUAGUGUCAUAGUCAGAGGAAGAUCGGAAGUGCUCCUGAAAUAAUACAAGUUCUGUUUGCAGUGGAAAGAUUAUGAUUAUAGUCCUUGACACUU